CACAUGAAUGUGAAACAGGGCUGGGCUUGGAAGGUGUUUUAAAAACCAUCAGGGUUGAGUCACUUGUCAGUGCACUGCUGAGAACCUGCCAGAGAGCAUUUUACUCUCCCAUUAGAAAGAAACUUCUAGAAAGAUGGCAGCGGCGGUUAAACAAUCUAUCCUAAAGGAAGUGGACCUCCACAUUAAGACCAACAAAACUGAACACCACACCAGUGAAGUCUUAGAGGAACAGCUGAUCGUGAGACGAGGCCAGCCCUUCACUCUGACCCUUAAACUGACUCAACCUUUCAACCCCGACCUCCACCCACUCACCAUCAUCGCAGUGACGGGUGAAAAUCCAUCUGAGAACCUGGGGACAAAGUCAUGCUUCGGUAUCCCAGACAGCGUGAAGCGUUCACCAUCGGCAAAGGCAGUAUGGAAGGUUGAGCUUCACAAGAACUCCUCCUCACUAACAGGCGUCUUGAUUUUGACCAUUACCCCCCCUGCUGUCAGCCCCAUAGGAGAGUACGAGCUGUCUGUGAAACACAGGGAAGAGGAGACAUCACUGGCAACGCUGGUGGUGCUCUUCAACCCCUGGUGUCCUGAUGACUCCGUGUUUCUGCCUGAUGAGAAGGAAAGACAGGAGUAUGUGAUGAAUGAACAUGGAACCAUCUACAAAGGAAGUGGAAACUACAUCAGCUCUAUGUCCUGGGACUUCGGACAGUUUGAAGAGAACAUGGUGAAGAUUUGUCUGACGUUAUUGGACAUGAACCACAAACACUUCAAAGAACCAGCUAAGGAUGUUUCUGCUCGCUGUGACCCCAUCUAUGUCAGCCGCGUGAUUAGCGCCAUGAUCAACAGUGAAGAUGACCGUGGUGUCCUGGAGGGACGCUGGACAGGUCCAUUUUAUGGCGGGGUCGCACCCUCUCACUGGAACGGCAGCCAUGCCAUCCUAAAGCACUGGUAUAAUAUUGGCUGCCACCCAGUCAAGUACGGGCAGUGCUGGGUGUUCGCUGGCGUGAUGUGCUCAGUGAUGCGUCUGCUGGGCAUCCCCUGCCGCGUGAUCACCAACUACCAGUCAGCCCACGACAACAACAGGAAUCUAAUCAUCGAUGUGUACCAUGCCGACUAUGGUGUCAGAGCAAAAGAAUCCAAGGACAGUGUUUGGAACUUCCAUGUGUGGGUGGAGGGGUGGAUGAGACGUCCAGACCUGACAAAAGAUGGUACAUAUGAUGGCUGGCAAGUUCUGGAUCCAACACCACAGGAGAUGAGCGAUGGUGUUUUCUGCUGUGGUCCAGCUUCAGUUAAAGCCAUCCUGAACGGAGACACCCAUCUCAAAUACGACGUCCCAUUUGUCUUCGCUGAGGUCAAUGCUGACUGUGUUGACUGGCUGGUCAAAGCUGACGGUUCAAAAGUGAAAAUUUUCUCUGACACCAAGAGAAUCGGUCAGAAUAUCUCAACUAAAUAUAUCGGCUCCAACAAGAGGUGGAACAUCACCGAUAACUACAAACACAGAGAGGGAUCAGAGACAGAGAGGGAGAUCUUUAAACAAGCCAUCACCAGAGACUUCUCCAGAGGUGAAAAGGACAGUGAGAAUGGGGAAACAGAGGAGAAGCUUCCACCGCCAGAAGUGUUCAUGCGAUUUGAAGAGGUGUCCAAGCCAAUGGACGGUAAGGAUGUGAGCCUGAGGUUGGUGCUGCACAGUGAGAGCAGUGUCGCCAGGCCGCUGUCCAUCAACAUCAGUGUCCAGGCCAUGAAGUACAACGGCUCACCAGCUGCAAACAUCCAGACUGAGGUGAAGGAGGAGACACUGGAGCCUGGGAAAGAGCUGUCCAUCCCUGUCCUGGUCCCAUUCUCGGUCUACCAUAAACACAUGGUGGAGAGUGACAACAUCAAGGUUUCAGCUGUGGUCACAGACAAAGAGAAGCCAGAAAACACAUACCUGGCUGUGGACAACGUUGUGCUGCAGGACCCUCCCAUCUCCCUCACCGUUCCCAGUGAGGUCAAACUGUACCGUGAGGCGAGUGGGGAGGUGGUUUUCACAAACCUGGUUGACAAGACGCUGACAGACUGCACUCUGACUCUCUCUGGAAGUGGCCUGUUUAGAGAGGAGUUUGAAGUCAAACUUCCAGAUCUGCCACCAAACCGCCGGCUACGCAUCAAGUUUCCCUUUUUUCCUCACAAGGCCGGAAAGAAGACUCUCAUAAUCGACUUUGACUGCUCCACCUUCAGAGACAUCAAGGCCAGCCACACUGUCAACGUCACAGAAGACUGAGAAUUUACAUCUCACUAUCAUAGAGCAUAAACUUGUUUUCAUCAAAUGUGGGCUCAGGGUGUAUAAAAAUUAGCCCACAAUAAAAAAUUUAAGUCAUAACAAACAUGCCCUCUUGCUGCAUUUCAUUAUUGUCUAUUUUCUGGUAGGGAAAGGUCUCUGUGCUUCUUUUAUGAUAAAGCCAUGGCUUUGACCUGUGCUUAAACUAUUCACUACUCUGGAUGCCAAACUUACGACUGGUGCCUCGCAGAACAGUACAAAGACAGAGGUCUCACUCCUACUGUUUCUUGGUCCCAAAGAACUGCAGCUAACACGCAACCCCUUAUUAAUGGUGCUUUCAUGCUACACCUGCUUAGGAAGUGACCUUAAGCAGUUUUGAAGGGGUACCACACGCUGUAUAUGUGUCAACAAAUGAGCCCAGAGAUUUUCUCUUAUCAAUCAGUCAAAAACAGUAAUUGUGUUUGUUUCUUUAGACAUCCAUUAAGAAAUGUGUGAAAUAGUGAUCCCACAGUCCUGAAUGUACUAUUAUUAAUAGUAGUAGUAUUAUUAGUAUUAGUCAUUUUUCAAAACAAGCUGUCCAUUUUGCAGUCUAAUAAUACUGCUUAUAAUCGAACAAAAGAUACCCACUGUUAAAAAGUGACGUCUAAGGGUCCCAACUAAGCCAAGUUCAGAGUGAGAACAUGUAGUUUAAUUGGGUAUUUCUAUGUGAACUCUGUGUGACACUAGAGAAUAUAAUUCAACACAUAUGAAGCAUUGAAAUGGGCAUUGAUGAUGAAGAUACAGGAUGAGUUCAUGUUUAUUUAUCUUGUUUGUUUGUAAAAAGCCAGAACUGUACCAGAAGUAAAAGGCAGCCAUGUAUAUAUAUUUUUUUUACCCUGGAUCUGGACUAAAUAAACCAAUGCUGUCAACAAAUUA